AGCACAACAUCGACUUGGACGCGUACCAGCCUCGCCUGUUUUCUGCCCUCGCACCCCCAUAUCUUCUCGCACUGCACUUUUACGCUCACACAGAGUUUUGGCUUUUCUCUUCCCUGGCAUCCCAUCACCUCUCGAUUCAUUCUUCUCUCGUCAGCGUUCGCCCCGCAGCAGCAUCUGUAUCCCUGCACAACACCACCUCCACAAUGCGCACGGCCUCGAUCCUCGCCGCGCUCUCUUGCGCGGCCACGACCUACGCACAGGCAGUCGAGGUUGGCAUCGAGCCCAGCUCGCCUGCACCCGAGGGCUGCGACCGCAGCCCCAAAGGCAACUUCACAAUCGGAUACAUCCCCGCGUCCGCUGUGACGAAGCGCGAGACGGCUGUAGCGGAUGCCGAUGGCUCUCUCUACCUCACGCUUGUCGACGGUGUGCUCAAGGAUGGCUUCAACCGAAUAGGCUCCGUCGUCGCCAACCACCAGUUCCAGUUCGACGGCCCGCCCCAGGCAGGCGCUAUCUACACGGGCGGUUUCUCCAUCUGCCGUAACGAUUCCCUCGCCAUCGGCGGCACCACGCGCUGGUGGAACUGCCUAAGCGGCGACUUCAACAACCUUUACGACGAGUCCAUCGGCGCACAGUGCACCGAGAUCCGCAUCGUAGCCACCUUCGUGGACCAGCCCUCCUCAUCCAGCUCGUCUGCCGCGGCAUCGAGCACGGCAGGAUCGUCGAGCGUGGUUACCAGCGUCACCAGCGCCAACGGCACCUCCUCCACCAUCACGAGCUCCGUCGCCAGCUCAAGCACACUGUCUGCCAUCCCCCUCACAUCCAUCAACGGCACCAAGCCUAGUGGGUCCGUCAGCCGUGUCUCCACCGCCACUCCCACCGCGACAUCCUCUGAGACUGGCUCGCCCCAGGCCCCUAACGCCCCUGGCGCUGCGGCCCCCAUCGCCGUCUCCACCUUCGGCGCUCUCAUCGCUGUUUUCGCGGCCGCCCUGAUGCUGUGAGCGAAGCUCUCUUGCAUAGCGAGCAUUUUCGAACCGGUUCCGCCAGCAAACAGUUUUAGCGUCCGGCUGUUGUGUCUGUAUAGCAUUCGGCAUGGGAGGACUGCGUAUUGGUAGCGUGGCACCGCAGAUAAGGCGUUUUUGGGGCGGCAGAAAUGCGGCAUCUGCCCUGCAUAGACAUUUCGUCGCUAUUCUUUGGUACAUAUUCUGGGGUCUGCAUUGGGUUACUGUUGUUACGCAAGUGAUGACUUUGCGAUCAUGGGGAUGUUUGGAUCGGUCGGUUGAUAGACGAAGAAUGGUCUGACAGAGCGACCACUUAUUAAUGAUAAUGCAUGAGGGU